UCGGACGCGGCCCCGCCCUCCCCAGCUGUGCACCUCGGCCCAGCUGUGCGCGCACGUCGGGACUCCCAGCCAUGUCCGCGGAGAGAGAGGCAGCGGAGGCCGCCACCGCGGUGGCAACGGCUGAGCCCGGGCGGGUGGAAGACGCCUCUGCGCCGCCCCCCAAAGCCGAGGCCGCCGCCGACGCGCCGCCGCCCCCGGCCUCCGGGGAGGCCGCCGCCCCCGCGUCGCCGCCGCUGCGCUGCCUGGUGCUCACCGGCUUCGGCGGCUACGACAAGGUGAAGCUGCAGAGCCGGCCGGCCGCGCCCCCGGCCCCCGGGCCCGGCCAGCUGACGCUGCGCGUCCGGGCCUGCGGGCUCAACUUCGCCGACCUGAUGGCCCGGCAGGGGCUGUACGACCGGCUGCCGCCGCUGCCCAUCACUCCGGGCAUGGAGGGCGCGGGCGUCGUGAUCGCCGUGGGCGAGGGGGUGGACGACCGCAAGGUAGGGGACCGGGUGAUGGUGUUGAUCCGGUCGGGCAUGUGGCAGGAGGAGGUGACUGUGCCCUCAGCCCAGACCUUCCUGAUGCCGGAGGCCAUGACCUUUGAGGAAGCUGCUGCCUUGCUGGUCAAUUAUGUCACAGCUUACAUGGUCCUUUUUGACUUCGGCAACCUUCGGCCUGGCCACAGCGUCUUAGUACACAUGGCUGCAGGGGGUGUGGGAAUGGCCGCUGUGCAGCUGUGCCGUACAGUGGAGAAUGUGACGGUGUUCGGAACGGCCUCAGCCAGCAAGCAUGAGGUGCUGAAGGAGAACGGGGUCACACACCCCAUCGACUACCAUACAACUGACUAUGUGGAUGAGAUCAAGAAGAUCUCCCCCAAAGGAGUGGACAUCGUCAUGGACCCUCUGGGUGGCUCAGAUACUGCCAAGGGCUACAACCUCCUCAAACCCAUGGGCAAAGUAGUGACCUAUGGAAUGGCCAAUCUGCUGACGGGCCCCAAGAGGAACCUCAUGGCGCUGGCCCGUACGUGGUGGAAUCAGUUCAGCGUGACAGCCUUGCAGCUGUUGCCAGCUAACCGCGCUGUGUGUGGCUUCCACUUGGGCUACCUGGAGGGCGAGGUGGAGCUGGUCAGUGGCGUGGUGGCCCGCCUCCUGACUCUCUAUAACCAGGGCCACAUCAAACCCCACAUUGACUCCGUGUGGCCCUUCGAGAAGGUGGUGGAUGCCAUGAGGCAGAUGCAGGAGAAGAAGAACGUGGGCAAAGUCCUCCUGGUGCCUGGGCCAGAGAAGGAGAACUAGGAUGGGGCCUAGGAGACCUUUGGGACCUGGGGAGGGAGAAGCUGGGAAGCCGUGUGCUGGGGGCCACCAGACACUUGCAUUUCAUCCUCUAUGGUGAUGCUCUGCCCUCUCUCCCGCCCACCCCAAGGUCUCCGUGGUAAUCACUCCCCUACCCUGUUCUUUCUCUUUAGUCAGGGCUGCCCCCUCUCCCCUUCCUGCCCUCUUAAGAGGUUGGGAAGUGACCACUUGGAUGUCUGGGCCCUGCCAAGGGGACAGGGAGGGACAGAGGGAGGCCGCUGCUUCCUGCCCCCACCCUUUCCCCAGGCCUGCUGUGCUGCUUUUGUGCCAAGGUUAGCCAGUCCCUCCCCGUCCUGUUCUGUGUGCUUCCGCCUCUGCCCCAUCUCCCCUCCUGCCCCUGCCCCACCACCUCCCCAAAGAAUUGAAAUGUCAGCUCAGGAUGUGGGGCCAAUCUGUGUGAGUCCUGCAUGUGCCUGUCUUGCCCUAGUGUCCCUUCAACCCAGGUCGACCAGCACCCACCUCUGAACUCUUGUUGCCUCGUUGCAUGGCCUCGUCUUCUAUCCCCAACUUCUUAAGCACAAUUGGGCUUCUUCCACCUCUGGAUUUCCUGCCACUCUUAACCAAGGUUGCCUCUUACAGCAAGGGUGGGAAUCAGACCUGCUCCCCUGAGGUCAUGAUUCUGUGGGAGGAACACAGACACCCCUCCCCUUCACUGAGUUCUCUGGAUUUGUUCUCAGUGCCUUACCAGCGGAAAACCUGUGCUUGUGUAUGUGGGGGUUCCCUGCCUCGUACCUCCUCCUCCACCUCUGUAUGCCCCAGUGCCUUCCUUGUUCUGGUGGGGCUGGGGCUUUGCUGCUCCCCAGUCCCACAACACUGCCAAAAUUCUGAGUGUGUGCCAAUGGGUGGGGGCCAGCCCCUGGCCCUCUGGGGUCUGUGCCAUGUCCUGUCUCUGGGGCUGUCAUUUCUCUAUGGGGUUGGAGAGAAAGAGGCUGGGGGAGCUUUCUCAGCCUUGCAGAUAAGUGUGGCUUUUACCAACCAGAGCUAUGAGAGGCAGUGCUGUCUGUUUUUGUUUUGGGACCAAAGUAAAACUCAAAGCACAUUCCCCGUGUAGUCAAGGGAGGCCCACUGCCUUCUUAGAGCAGGAAGGUGGCUUUUCAAACUCAGCCCCAAACUUUGUUUACAUGGGUGGGGAGAUGGAGCAGGGCAGUAAGGGGGUGGGGUUGUUUAGGACCUGGGCUGCUGGAACCAAAGUGGAGGCUUCCUGGGGUAGGGGAGAGACUCCCUCUGCUCUUUGAGCUGGAAUUAGGGAGAGGUAUUGCCCCAGCAAUUGCCAGUGGGAGGCAGGGGGAGGGGCACAACCUCUUCAUUUUCUAAAUGAGGCCUGAACAGCUGAGGUUUGAUUUCUGCUUUUGUGUACCCCACCCCAUUACCGGAGCUGCCUUUGUGUUUGUGUCAAUAAAAAGCCAAACCCUGGGUCCUGCCUGUUACCUAAGUGUUGGGGAAGGUGAGCGCUCCUAAAAGGCCAGCGCUGAUAGUGGAAGCUUAGGGUUUCUUCCCAACCCCCAGCCACCUUCCCUGCCCAGUUGUUUCCUUUCAUGAAAUGAAAUGAGGAAGACGAUCAUGCCAUGUGGGCACUUUUACUGUUCAGCAUUUCACAACUCAUAAUCCCUGCUCACAGUCGACCAGCAAGAUCUCCCUGGUACAUGGGCACCCAACCGCAGCCCCUUGUGAGAAGCUCGGCAGGGGGGUGGGGGUGAUGAGAAGGGCAACUUCUAGUCCGACUAGG